AUGGAUAAUCUUCCUCACGAUGUUCUUUUCCAAAUCCUUUCCCGUCUACCCAUUUCAUCUCUCAUUCAAUUUCACUCUGUUUCCAGAUCAUGCCGUCUUCUCGCUCAAUACACUCAACUUUUUGACCCUAACCACGAUCAUUUCCGUUGCUUAAUCUUCCACUCUGAUUUCCCCAUCAGAAACCAUCUUUAUUUCGUCGAUUUCCCUUCUCUCACACAACAUAAAUUCUCUGUCAAAAGAAUUUUCACUCCUUUUGCCGCUACAAUGCCUGAAUACGACGUCGUAGGUUCUUGCAAUGGCUUCCUUUGUUUAUCUGAUUCUCUUUACAACGAAAACCUCUUUAUUUACAACCCCUUUACUCGAGACUACCUAGAAUUGCCCAAAUCCAAAGACUUUUCAAACCCAGACGUGGUUUAUGGAAUUGGAUUUCACCCACAAACCAAACGCUUGAAAAUCCUUAAAAUUGUUUACUCCAAAGGCUUCCGCCGUAUCCAGAGACGGUUUCAUCACUCCGAAGUUCAAGUCUUCACUUUAGGAACCUCUAAUUGGAGAAGCAUAGGCAGAAUUUUCCACCAUCUAGCUCAAGGUCAGUCGCCGGCCGCCAUCAACGGCAGACUCCACUGGGUUUCUCUGCCUCGCCGCCACUAUGUCGGUCGAACCAUCGUCUCAUUCGACUUAGCCAGUGAGGAAUUCAUAGAUAUUCCAAAGCCGGAUUAUGGGAGCUUGAGUCGUUGCAAUUUCCAAUUAAUGAAUCUAAAUGAUUGUCUGUCAGCAGUUGUGUAUUGUAGUUAUGGAAAAAUGGAGAUAUGGGUUAUGGAGCAGUAUGGGGUUAAGGAAUCGUGGGUGAAAAGCUUCAACAUUGGGAGCUAUAUGCCCAAAGGAUUGAAACAAGAAGGAACAGAGAUGUGUUUUAAGGUAUCGAAGAUUGUUGUAAAGGGGAGAAUUGUAAGAGUUGUUUGUGUUCUAAAAAGUGGAGAGAUUUUGUUGGAGUAUAGAAACAGAGCUCUUGUUGUGUUCAAUCCAAGUAGUGGUAAAUUCAAGGAUGUGAGUUUUGAAGGAAUGCCUAAUUGGUUUCAAACUAUUGUUCAUUUUGGGAGUUUGAAUCGAAUCGAUGCUCUGUUGGAAUAG